AUGCUGGACAUGGGAGAUAGAAAAGAGGUGAAAAUGAUCCCCAAGUCCUCGUUCAGCAUCAACAGCCUGGUGCCAGAGGCGGUCCAGAACGACAACCACCACGCGAGCCACGGCCACCACAACAGCCACCACCCCCAGCACCACCACCACCACCACCACCACCACCACCACCCGCCGCCGCCCGCCCCGCAACCGCCGCCGCCGCCGCCACAGCAGCAACCGCCGCCGCCGCCGCCGCCCCCGGCACGGGGCGCCCCGGCCGCCGACGACGACAAGGGCCCCCAGCAGCUGCUGCUCCCGCCGCCGCCGCCUCCGCCGCCCCCGGCCGCCGCCCUGGACGGGGCCAAAGCGGACGGGCUGGGCGGCAAGGGCGAGCCGGGCGGCGGGCCCGGGGAGCUGGCGCCCGUCGGGCCGGACGAGAAAGAGAAGGGCGCCGGCGCCGGGGGGGAGGAGAAGAAGGGGGCGGGCGAGGGCGGCAAAGACGGGGAGGGGGGCAAGGAGGGCGAGAAGAAGAACGGCAAGUACGAGAAGCCGCCGUUCAGCUACAACGCGCUCAUCAUGAUGGCCAUCCGGCAGAGCCCUGAGAAGCGGCUCACUCUCAAUGGCAUCUACGAGUUCAUCAUGAAGAACUUCCCCUACUACCGCGAGAACAAGCAGGGCUGGCAGAACUCCAUUCGCCACAACCUGUCCCUCAACAAGUGCUUCGUGAAGGUGCCGCGCCACUAUGACGACCCGGGCAAGGGCAACUACUGGAUGCUGGACCCCUCGAGCGACGACGUGUUCAUCGGCGGCACCACGGGCAAGCUGCGGCGCCGCUCCACCACGUCGCGGGCCAAGCUGGCCUUCAAGCGCGGGGCGCGCCUCACCUCCACCGGCCUCACCUUCAUGGACCGCGCCGGCUCCCUCUACUGGCCCAUGUCGCCCUUCCUGUCCCUGCACCACCCCCGCGCCAGCAGCACUUUGAGUUACAACGGCACCACGUCGGCCUACCCCAGCCACCCCAUGCCCUACAGCUCCGUGUUGACUCAGAACUCGCUGGGCAACAACCACUCCUUCUCCACAGCCAACGGCCUGAGCGUGGACCGUCUGGUCAACGGGGAGAUCCCGUACGCCACGCACCACCUCACGGCCGCCGCGCUCGCCGCCUCGGUGCCCUGCGGCCUGUCGGUGCCCUGCUCCGGGACCUACUCCCUCAACCCCUGCUCGGUCAACCUGCUCGCGGGCCAGACCAGUUACUUUUUCCCCCACGUCCCGCACCCGUCAAUGACUUCGCAGAGCAGCACGUCCAUGAGCGCCCGGGCCGCGUCCUCGUCCACGUCUCCGCAGGCCCCCUCGACCCUGCCCUGUGAGUCUUUAAGACCCUCUUUGCCAAGUUUCACGACGGGACUGUCUGGGGGACUGUCUGAUUAUUUCACACAUCAAAAUCAGGGGUCUUCUUCCAACCCUUUAAUACAUUAACAUCCUUGGGACCAGACUGUAAGUGAACGUUUUACACACAUUUGCAUUGUAAAUGAUAAUUAAAAAAUAAGUCCAGGUAUUUUUUAUUAAGCCCCCCCCGCAUUUCUGUACGUUUGUUCAGUCUUAGGGUUGUUUAUUAUUCUAACAAGGUGUGGAGUGUCAGCGAGGUGCAAUGUGGGGAGAAUACAUUGUAGAAUAUAAGGUUUGGAAGUCAAAAUUAUAGUAGAAUGUGUAUCUAAAUAGUGACUGCUUUGCCAUUUCAUUCAAACCUGACAAGUCUGUCCUUAAGAGCCGCCAGAUUUCCAUGUGUGCAGUAUUAUAAAUUAUCAUGGAUCUUUAUGGUGGAUGCAGACAUUGAGAACAACCUAAAUUAUGGGGAGAGUUUAAAAAUGUUAAACUGUAAUUUGUAUUUAAGAAGCAUUCGUAGUAAAGGUACCCAAGAAAUUAUUUUGGCCAUUUAUUGUUUUGUUUUUUCUUUAAAAAAAACCUGUUUUUUUUCUUUUGUUUACUUUUAGACCAAAGAUUGGGUUCUAGAAAAUGCACUUGGUAUACUAAGUUUAAAAAAAAAAAAAAGAAAAAAAAAAGAAAGUUGUUUCAGUUGGCAGCACUGCCUAUUCAAAUGAAUUGGAGAAUCGAAAGGGGACAAAAUUAAUGAUUGCCUUCAGUUUGUGUUGUGUAUAUUUUGAUGUAUGUGGUCACUAACAGGUCACUUUUAUUUUUUCUAAAUGUAGUGAAAUGUUAAUACCUAUUGUACUUAUAGGUAAACCUUGCAAAUAUGUAACCUGUGUUGCGCAGAUGCCGCAUAAAUUUGAGUGAUUGUUAAUGUUGUCUUAAAAUUUCUUGAUUGUGAUACUGUGGUCAUAUGCCCGUGUUUGUCACUUACAAAAAUGUUUACUAUGAACACACAGAAAUAAAAAAAUAGGCUAAAUUCAUA